GUAGCUCGAGUCGCGAUUGGCCAACGCAGAGCCCCGUCUCUUCUUUCCAACUCGCGUGCUCAUCGGCGCAAGGGCCGGCUAGUAAAAUCCCUCUCGCUCCUCGCGGUAAAAAAUAGCGUAUACGAUCUCCUGGUGCAGGCGGUCUUUCCCCUCCACGAGUUCUCAUCUCCGAAUCGUCGCGAAGAACCUGUCCAUUAUCGCUGUAUAUACCCGAUUUAUCGCACAGGCCGCAGAGAGCGAGCGAGCGAGCGAGAGAGAAGAAGUAGGGAGACAGGAGCGGCAGAGGGAGGACGUGUAUAGAGUGCGAGUGAGAGAGAGAGAGAAAGGAACAACAGAGAGAAGAGAGACACAGAAUACAGAUAGGCGCACUGAUCGAGAGAGAGCCGAGCAUCGCGCGCACUUGGCCGACCCCCCGUCCGGAGGAGGACCACGACCACGACGACUUCAUCCAAGACAACUGCCUUAUUAAAAUUAAGCCGCAACUUUGUGAGUAGGAGAAACCAGUAAUUUAGAAUUUUAAGAAACUAAAAAGCAAAAACAGAAGGUAGACAGGAAAUGGUCAUGGAGGCACCCCACUCACCACAAUCUGUCGGUCGUGAGUUUGUCCGACAAUACUACACCUUACUCAACAAGGCUCCGGCGCACUUACACAGGUUUUACAACAACUAUUCAUCUUUUGUCCAUGGAGGUUUGGAAACCAAUCGCGAAUCCAAUUCGGCGAUUGGCCAAAAACAAAUCCAUCAAAAGAUCCAAGCCCUGAACUUCCAAGACUGCCAUGCCAAGAUCAAUCAAGUGGAUUCCCAAUCAACUCUUGGCAAUGGUGUUGUUAUCCAGGUUUCCGGAGAGCUGUCUAAUGCUGGCCAUCCGAUGCGUCGCUUCACGCAAACUUUUGUGUUAGCGGCCCAAGCUCCAACAAAGUAUUAUGUGCACAACGACAUCUUCCGUUAUCAAGAUUUUGAUUAUGCCGAUGAGGAGGAGGAAGAAUUGGAGGGAGAAGGCAACAACGAUAGCAUCGAGAGGGAAACUGAAGUUGAAACUGUGAGACCAGACGUUGAGAAAGAUGACCAGCAAAAUCAGGCUCAACAACUGGGCUCGAAGAUUGUCGAACAUGGUCAAACCCAACAACAGCCUCCUCUCAUGACUCAACAGCAACAAAUUUACUACGCUAUGCCUCCUCAGCAGCAGAUUCAUCCUGUAAUGCAGCAGGUGACCCUGAAUGGAUCUGUUCAUGAAGAUUCUUCCAUCAUCUCUCAGCAGCCCCUCCAACAACAACAGCAGCCGCAGCCGCAACCACCUCAACAGCAGCCACCUCUACAACAGCCACAGCAGCAGCAGCAGCCCCAGCAGCAGCAAUACAUCGCUGAAACCACUACUCAGGAGCAGUUUCAACAAGAGAAUGAACAAGAUUCGGUUUCUCAGCAACAGCAGCAAGCACAACCGGUGAAAUCAGAGGCUUAUCCUACUACGGAGGAGACAAGCGAACAACCGGAGGCUGAGCAGAACUACACACCAUCUGCUUCUGAAGCUGAAACUGAACACCAAGUUUCACCUCUGAAUACAAGCAGCACUAGUUCUAGUGGACCCGUGACGUAUGCAAACUUGGUAAAAUCUUUGCCAGCUGUUGGAAGCACGAGCCCACAAGUACCUAAGCCGUCAAUUUCGCCACCUCCCAUUCAAAAUCUGCGCAUCGAAGAUCGGGUACCAACGCAUCAACCUACUACGGGAGCGCCUAUGCCUAGCUCUGGCAGCAUACCUAUGGGUCAGCAUGUGCCAAGAAUGGGUGGUGUCCAACAACAACAGACGCAACAGCCAUAUCAGCAAAGACUACCUAGAGCCGGUGGUCCCAUUCAGAGAGAUUUUCGUCCGCUUCCGGACGGCGAACGUCGCACAGGACGCCCUGGAGGUUACACUGAUGCGCAUCAACUGUUUUUGGGAAAUCUCCCGCAUAACGCUUCUGAAAGCGACUUACGGCAAGUUUUUGAACGGUAUGGCCGCGUGGCUGAUCUUCGUGUGCACAGCAAACAAAAUGAUCGCACGAAAGGAAUGCCAGGGCCAAAUAACACCAGAGUUCCAAACUAUGGUUUUAUUACGUUCGAAGAUACGACGGUUGUCAGUAAAGUUCUUGCUGAUUUGCCCAUCUACUUCCCGGACGAGAAUGGUCAAAAGCUGAACGUUGAGGAGAAGAAAAUCCGACCAAGGGAAGGACCUGGUAAUCCAGGGCGGCCAAAUCCAGGAGAUGGUAACAUGGGACGUCCUAUGGGAGGUCCGCAGCAGCAACAGCAACAACGCGGUCCAGGUGGUCCAGGUGGAAUGAUGCGAGGUGGUCAACAUGGAACACGCGGACGUGGUGGCUUCAAUCGUGGAGGAGGUGAAGGUGGUCGAGGGGGACUGAGACAGCCAGGUGGAAAUCCCAACAAUCAGAACUACCAAAAUCGUCGCUAAUUUUUGGAAAAUCAUCCCUUCGAUUAGAACGUCAAGAUUCAAUAAUAAAGAGACGAGAAUAAACGCGAAAAUUGAGCAACGCUCAAAACUAAACCGUACGUAAACAAAUAAAAGAAAAAAAUACGCAAACUCGAGAAAACGACAUUCCGACCGAAAAGGAAUAAAACUUUCGCGAGGCUCUUCCUUAAGAAAGAAGAUCAGUGCAACAUAAACUUUUUAAGCGCGGAAAUUACCAGAGAAACAAGACAGACUUGGGGGUUAAAACGAGAGUAAGUUAAAGUGCGAGUACAGACUUUUGUCAAUUCUCUAAGUUGACAUCGACCUAAAAGUAGCUUUGCAUAACUUAAUUAAGAAUUGCUUUAAGGACUUUCAGUGAUUGCCAUGGGAACUCAGUUGUGCUUAAUUUGAAUAGGUCACACGUUUAAAUAUUUUCCGCUUCGUUAUUCGAAUAAUUCCUGCUUGACUUAAUUAAGUUGUGCUUAAGUUAUCACUAGGGCAGGUGGAGCGUGUGAAAAACGGGCCUUAGUUCAUUUAAGUCAUGCAUUAAGAAAUCAGGUUGUGCUUAAGUUCAUUAAGUUGUGCCUUAGAAUAAUGACAGUCUGCUUAAGUUAAUUAGGUUAUGCUUAACUUUGUUAGGUUGUGCACAAAUGAAAAAGUUAUGCGCGUAAACGGUAUUUUUUGCGCAGAAUUUACCGCAAUAAUUGAUCCUCACAUAAGUUAAACGUGUAUAAAGUUUUACAUGACCUAAUCAGCCUUUGCAUAGCAUUUUCAUGUUUUGUAUAACUUUAUUACAUUUUAGUUAAGUUUAUUCUUAAGGACUGCGUAUUUUUUUUUUAAGUUUUGCAUAACUUGACUAAUAUUUGCAUAACUUGUUUUCGGUUCUGCAUAACCUAAUAGAUUUUUGCAUAACUCCUUGGGAUUUCGCAUAACUUAAUUAACUUUUUCAUAACAUUUUAAAGUCAUGUAUAAACUACUUAACAUUUGCGUAAAAUUUGGAGUUAUGCACAAGUUUAUUAAAUCCUCUGCAUAACAUUGUCAUACCUUAAUAGCUUAAUUAAGUUUUGCAUAAUCUCUGUCAAUAAAAUACAGAACUUAAUUAAGUACCUUAAAAAAAAUUCUACCCUUCUUGAUUUUCAAAGUUAAGGAAACUGGUUUUCCUCCUUCUCCUUCCCGUAUCCCUGAAUAAGAUCGAUUGGUAAACAAAUCUUAUCAAAUUAGUCACCCAAAUUUUUCUCAGAACGGCCAAAAAUCAUUGUAAGAAAUAAUCGGUUUUCGUCAUUUCACUAAAAAUAACUAGUUGAAUAAAUGCAACACUUUUUGCAAGUCACUACCGUUUAACGUUUAUAAAGAAUGUGAUUAAAUUAGAGUUUUAUAAAAAAUCGUAAUCAGAAUAAACUAAAGUUUCGCUGCUCGUAAUUUCGAUGAAAGACAAUACAAAUUUUUAGUACACACGUGUACGCGUAUUUUUUACAAUUUAUCAACUAAUUGACUUUUUUUAACUGUGUGAUUAUUUUUUUCCAAAUUGAUCAUGUCUUUUAGAAAAUAUAUUGACACAAGAUUCUCCAAAGCCUUCUUUACAUGCAAAACUAUAUACGUUGUUUGUAGAAAAAUCAUUGUUUUUGAGCGAAAUUACGUAACAGGGGAACAAAGAGAAUACAAGACGACAAAAAUAUGAAAUGAGUGCGAUGAAGAUGAAACCAAAAUAAAAAGCCAACAUAAGAAGUGAAAGAAAUAAUGAACGAACGUGUCGCGAGUGUAUUGUAACGUUUUUUGCAUUUAGUAUAAUAUACCUAUCUUACUACUGAAACAUA